CAGCGGAAAAGUAGCAGCAUGAGUGGUGGAGAAGGUGUAAGUGACGAUUCCAACAGUGGCCCAGUUGAGAGACUACGGGCCUGGGUAGAGGGUUAUGAAGUGGCAGUUACCAACCACUAUUCACCAGAACUUCGAGCCAGGGUUCAUGCUGCUCGCAUUAAUGGUGUAUCUCCUGAUUUACGAGCUUCCACACAAGGAGCAGUCUUGGGUCACCGGUGCAAGGUUGUCGAGAAUUCCCAUCCACUAUUUGAUGUUUUUGACAGCAAGAUUCUUGUAGCUGCUACCAGGUUACCCAUAAAUACAGCCAUCACUGAGUUUCAAGGCAAGUACCUGCUAGCUUCACAAUGGAAUGCCCAGCAACCAGUAUCAGGCCAGCCAUACCUGCCAUAUGUCUUGCAGUACCACAUGCCGAAGGAGGGCCUCACUGUGUGCGUGGAUGCACGAACCUAUGGUAAUGAUGCCAGGUUCACCAGAAGAUCGUGUCAACCAAAUGCUGAGGUACGGCAUGUGGUAGAAAGAGGAUCCCUUCAUUUAUACUUAGUGGCCACUAGAGACAUUGAGGAAGGUGAAGAAGUAACUUUAGCUCUGGAAACUGCUAAUUCCAGCUUGGAACUGGUGUGUUGUUUGUCAGGGGAGCACGAGUGCCAGGCUCCUCACACACCUAAACUUCAACAAACCUCUCCGGUGCCUACUACUCCUCAUAAAAAAAAUGGCCUCAUCCUUAGCAACAAGAAGACUUUCAAAAAACAGCAGCUACAAUUACAGCUGCGUACUAGUAAAAGAACCACAUCUACAGAAAGCCGAAAUAGUGACAGUGUUAUAACAGCAAGUGCAAACAGUGCUCAAGUUACACCUGUGAAGCAGAGAAGGGCAUCUGGAUGUGGGAAAUCCCCUACCAAGUCUCCUAGUGUGUGUGUAUCCAGUUCACCAGAAGACAGUGGAAAGGAUUCAACUCUUAAUACACCACCAACAGCCACACCUGCUCCUGAAAUGCCUAAAAGUCUAGACAAGCAGCAGCAACAGAAGAUGACUCGUGAGGAGCGGAAAAUAGCUGCUUAUAUGAAAGCUUUUGAACGAAUGGAAAAAGCUGCUCAACGAAGACAAGAAAUGGAGAAAAAAAAAGAGGAGGAUAAAAUCAAGGACCCAAAAGAUAAGGAUAAAAAGCAUUGUGAAGGAGAUGAUGAUGAUUGGGAAAAGACAAGUAGUGCUGAUGAGAGUGUGAGAAAUACUCCUGGUGCUGAACGUAGUAGACGUAAAGGGAAAAAGGGAAGAGGAAAGGGUAGCCCUCAGAAACGCAAUAAUCAUCGUUUAGAUUCAACAGCAUCAGAUCUUACUGGGGAUGAGAGUAGCUGUGCCUCAGUAGGAUUGAUGUCUCCUGUGGGGGCCUCCAUUGAGGGUAUUACACUCAAUAUCAAUUCACCACCUCAAGGGAACUCAAAUGGCAUGGGAUUUAGAUUUCCUAAAACCAAGAAGGCACUUAUGAAUGAGUGGCUGAAUGAAAAUGUUGAUCCAGUAUUGCCAGGAGGGAACAUUACUGGUGUUGCAGAGCUUCCCUCAGGAGUACCAACCUGCUACAUGAGAUCACCAGCCACUCCCUUGAGAAGAUCUUCAGUAAAUCAAACAGUGAUCCAGGGAACACUUCUGAACUUGGACAUGCCUGGUGGUUCAGCUAAGAAAAGAUGGUUAAGACAAGCUAUUAGUGAAGAAACAGAAUCACCACAUUUUAAUGGCCUCUGUCCAAGUCCAAAUAGUAGACCAGGUUGGUUUGCACUAAUGUAACUUUUUACAAAGUACAGUGAAUCCCCAAUAAAAUGGACUAAUAGAUGGGAAGGGGUGUCUGCUUUUGUGAAAAUCUGUAAUAUUGAAAUUUUCAAUUAAGAAGAUGCAGUCCACUUAAUCAGUUGACAAUCUGACACACAGACAGACAUUGUUCAUUGUGUUAAUGAUAUGAGGCACACGCACGCUCGCUCGCACACGCGUGCACGCACACACACAGACACAUGCACACA